UGCCCAUGGCAGGGGUGGCACUGGAUGGGCUUUGAGGUCCCUUCCAACCCAAACCCCUCCAUGAUUAUAUGACUCUCUGAGCCAAGCAGACCUCUCAGGUCAAACCCUACAGAUCAGCCCAGCAGGACAGGGCUGGGCUGGAACUCCUGGGGUUCCUUUCAGGGUCCCCCUUCCUGGGAGCAGGGAGAAGGGGCAUGGCAGGAUGGGAACAGUCCCUGCUCCCAUUUCGUGCUGUCAGAAGGUCCCUGUGGGUGCCAGCACCCCUGGGUGGUGCCUGGAGCAGCACUGGCAGCACCCAGGUCCUGGCAGGGCUGAUAAGGGGGUGCAGGAGGGGGCACUGGUGCCUGGCAGCAUUUCCCCUGCAUGUUCUCUCCCCCCUGACUGCACCCAGGCUGGACUCAACUUGAUUUGUCAUUCUGCUCCAGCCCCCCACACUGGGUCUUCUGGAGAAAAGGCAAAUGUAGGCAAAUCUAAUGAAAGUUAUUCAUCCCUAUUCCAUUAAAAAAAGGUCUACAACUAGAGGGAGAAAGCAAUAUUGUCAGGCUGGAAAUGUCCCUCAGUAUUUUCUUUCUUUGAAUUGAUUUUCCUGCCAUAUUUUCAACACAGAAGACACUUGGCAGGGGAUGGUCUGUGGAGGAAGGCAAGAGCUGGUGUCUGGAGAGGAGCUUGGGCAGCCCUGCACCUCUGCUUCAGCCUGGCCACGCAGCCACCCCCUCAGCUGUCCCCAGCUCUUCCCUAGCCCAGCCCAAAUCCUGUGGAAAACAACAGGAAAACAGCAGAUUCCUCCGGGGGCCUUGGAAUCAGCAUUGAAACCCCUGUGCUUUCAGCAAGGAUGGUGUUUCUCGGGGUUUAUGCAGGAAACAAAAGAGGAAAGCUCCCCAGGGCAUUGCUCCUGGCUGGGAUGCAAAACCCCUGGGUGCUGAGGUUGUCAGGGCAGCCUGGAUGUCUCCUGCUCAGAGCACAGCCUGGCUGAGUGUGGGUGGCUUGUGGAAUUUGGCAGGUUCUGAAGGGGAAGGCCCUGGGCUCCCCCCAGGCUGGACAGCCCUGAGCUGAGCUUUUGCUGCUUUUUGAGCCUACAGCAGGUCCUGCAGUGACAAACCUGGUGUUCUAAGCCUGUUUCACCCCCCCUUUAUGGAUGUAGCUGGAAGCAGAACUGAGAUGAGCAGGAUGGUCCUGUGUGGUCCUUGCUCCCUGUCCAGCAGCACUGCAUUGGGCUGGUCCUUUCACAUCUGAGGGGAGAACAUUUGGGUGAACUCACCAUGGGAGGAGGGUGGAACAAGACAAGCUUUAAUGUCCCUUCAGCCCAAACCAACCUGUGAUUCUACCAGAGGACAUCCUGAGCUGGAAGGGACCAACAAGGAUCAUGGAAAUCCAGUUCUGAACUUGGACUCUGAAAUGCUACUAUGAUUCUUCCUGCUCCAAAAGGCACAAAUAAAUCAAACAGGUCAAGUUCUGUCAUGGGAGAGGGAAAAUGAGGCUAAUGCAGAUUUGGGCUGCAGAGCCUGAGCAUCCUCUGAAUAGCUCCAGCACUGCCACAGCUCCUGGUGGUGCAGGGAGUCCUCGGGCAGGGCAGGGCCCUGCACGGUUUGCUGGGGACAAACCCCUCGGGGUCGCUCUGCCAGGGGCUGGAUUUUGGCCUGGACAUUCCUCAUUUCAGUGAGGGAAGGCAGAGCCCAGUGUUGGGAAUGCUGAGGCACCAGGCUCACACCUCUGAGUCCAGCCCACGCUCAGUGGUGAUGGACCAUCACCCCAGGGCUCUGCAGCCCCUUCUCCACAGAGGGGCCCACGCCUGGAAGGUGAGGGGAGAGCUGCCCUCACAGAGGGGAAGGGACAAAUCUGGAGCUCAGGAUAACCAGAGGCCCCUUCUCCGUGUGCCACACCCUGGCCAUCCCCUCCUGCUCCCCCUCCUGCUGGAGGGGACCCCCCCAUCCCAUGGCCCCUCGGGACGGCCGGGGAGGGGCUGCGGGCAGGGGAUAAAAGGCCCGGCGGGGUCUGGGCUCAGCUACGGGGUCUGUGCCCUCCUGCAGCCCAGCAGAGCAGCCACCAUGGUGCACUGGUCAGCAGAGGAGAAGCAGCUCAUCAGCAGCAUCUGGGGCAAGGUCAACGUGGAGGAAUGUGGGGCCGAGGCCCUGGCCAGGCUGCUGAUCGUCUACCCCUGGACCCAGAGGUUCUUCUCUAACUUCGGGAACCUCUCCAGCCCCACGGCCAUCAUCGGCAACCCCAAGGUCCGUGCCCACGGCAAGAAGGUGCUCACCUCCUUCGGGGAGGCCGUCAAGAACCUCGACAACAUCAAGGGCACCUACUCCAAGCUGUCAGAGCUGCACUGUGAGAAGCUGCACGUGGACCCCGAGAACUUCAGGCUCCUCGGAGACAUCCUGGUCAUCGUGCUGGCCUCCCACUUCGGCAGGGAUUUCACCCCCGCCUGCCAGUUCGCCUGGCAGAAGCUGGUGGGUGUCGUGGCUCACGCCCUGGCCCGCAGGUACCACUGA